GCCCCACUAGUCCUCAAAUUUAUUUCCAUUUGCCAAGCGCCCGUAAAAGUAAUUAACGCUAAGACGACUCCGUAGGAGGGUAAUAUAAGAGUGGAAGAAAGUAGAAAGAAAGAAGCAAAAAGGCAGGAAACAUCGUAGGGAGGAGUGAAAGAGAAUGAGCGGGGAAGGGUUACCGACGAAGGAGGCAAACGUGCUGAAGGGACACGAAGGCGCAGUAUUAGCAGCCCGCUUUAACGCCGACGGUAAUUAUUGUCUGAGCUGCGGCAAAGACCGCACCAUUCGCCUUUGGAAUCCUCACCGUGGUAUUCACAUCAAGUCCUACAAAUCUCACGGCCGUGAAGUUCGCGAUGUCCACGUCACCCCGGACAACUCAAAGAUCGUCUCAUGUGGUGGUGACCGUCAAAUAUUUUACUGGGAUGUAUCUACUGGCCGGGUUAUACGCAAAUUCCGUGGACAUGAUAGUGAGGUAAAUGCGGUGAAGUUCAAUGAGUAUUCAUCUGUUGUUGUAUCAGCUGGGUAUGAUCGUUCCGUGCGUGCUUGGGAUUGUAGAUCUCAUAAUACUGAACCGAUUCAGAUUAUUGAUACUUUUCAAGACAGUGUUAUGUCAGUAUGCUUGACAAGUACUGAAAUUAUUGCUGGAAGCGUUGAUGGGACUGUCCGAACAUUUGAUAUUCGCAUUGGUAGGGAACUAUCUGAUAACUUAGGACAACCUGUCAACUGUAUUUCAUUGUCAAAUGAUGGUAACUGCACAUUGGCCAGUUGUCUAGAUUCUACUUUACGUCUUCUUGACAGGACUUCUGGGGAGCUACUUCAAGAAUACAAAGGCCAUGUGUGCAAGUCAUACAAAUUGGACUGCUGCCUGACCAAUAGUGAUGCUUAUGUGGCUGGUGGUUCGGAGGAUGGCUAUGUUUUCUUCUGGGAUUUGGUGGAUGCUUCUGUGGCGUCAAGAUUUCGUGCUCAUGCCUCAGUGGUUACAAGUGUAAGCUAUCAUCCGAAGGACGACUGUAUGAUAAGUGCCUCCGUUGAUGGAACCAUCCGUGUCUGGAAAACGUGAGAAAAAAGCAUGAGGACACUGACUCCUACCAUUGCUUGUCCCUUCGAUUUUAUCAGACAAGCUCAAUACUUACGUGUGCUGCUGCAAUCUAAUGCUAUUGUCCUUUCAACUUUGUCAACAUCUAUCCAAGUGAUGAACCAAUGAAGUCCAGUUCUACGGUGAUCACUAUUGUUGUCAUCUACUCCAACUCCCUCUCGGAUGCUUGGUGUUGAGUUUCGAUCUAGUACAGCAGUUUGUUUUGUACGAACUCUCAAUUGUUUUACCAGGUUAUGAUGAAGUGUAAGAAAUCAGCAUCGAUCCCCUAUAGCGGACUACUCGUCCCUUAGUCUCUAUUACUUUGUAAAUUGUAGAAAACACGAUAACUUGUGCACAAUGUUAAUCACACUCAAGAGUAGGGAAAAAGAAAUAUCAUAGGACUUUUUGGUCAAUAAACACGCAAAAAAGAAGACUUUCUUUUUUCUUUU